AUGCAGGCCGAGGGCAGGCGCGUGCUGCGGCAGAUCCUCCGCCGCGUGCCGGGCGCGGACGUGCAGGCGCGGCGUGCUGCGCGGUCGCACCUUCUCUCCAUUGUUCGCGGCACGGCAGCGCGAGACGCGGCAACGCUCCCCGCCAGCCGGGCGACGCUCCCCGCGCUCGGAAGCGAGCUUCUCUUCCAUCUCGAGUCGCAGGCGGAGCUGCGCCAGCUCAACGAGCGCUACUUUCCGGCGUCCGAGCUGACAGACCGCGAGAAGAUUGCGCGGAUGGCGAGGAUCGUGGGGCUCGAGGCACCGGAGCACGCUGAUGCGCGGGAUCUCAAGUCGAGCGACCCAUGCACCGCCCACUGA